UUCAUUCAUAUUCCAUCACCCACAAAAUCAACACUUUUUGUCUUUUUUCCCAACUCCCCUUAGUUUUGUUUUGUUUGUUUUCCACAAAACCAAACAAACCCAUAAAAUAAAAUGUAUAAUUGGGAGAAAUCCAAACAUGAUUCCAAAAAUUCAACAUUUUCUUCCACUUUUUUGAACAAAUUCAACAAAUCUCACAAAACCCAUCACUCAAAAACUCACCAAAUUAAUGAUUUCAACUUCCUCCCACCAAAACCAACAUCAACAAGAACAUCUAAAAACAGAGCAACUACAAAUGAAGAUGAAAAAAUGGAGAAAAUCUCAAGUCUUAGAAGGGCAUGUUUGGUUGAGAAAUGGAUGGAGAAAAAAGUUAAACCAAGUUCAAGAUCUUCUUCUUCUUCUACAUUAAUUGAAGAAUUUGAUUUUCAGGAUUCUCUGUUUUUUAACAGUACGAAUCAUACUACAACAUCAAGUUCUUCUUCUGAUGAAACAGAUUUUUCUGUUUUUUCUGAAUCCAAACACAACCUUCGUAAAAUCAAUUGUUUUGCUCCUUCUAGGCCUAAACCCAUCAAAACCCAUUCAAUUGAGUCAAAAUUUUUGACCCAAUUUGGGGAAGAAAAAAAUGAAGAAAUGAUGAAAAAUACAUCAAAAUCAGCUAAAAUUUACUCAAAUUUGAAGAACCUAAAGCAACCCAUUUCUCCUGGUGUUCGAUUAACCAGUUUUAUUAACUCAUUAUUCACAAAAGAUGGGAAAUCUAGCAAGAAAUGUAGUGUAAGUGCAAAACAGAGUAAAACAGAGGAGUUAUCUUAUUCAACAUGUUCUUCAGCUUCAUCAUUUUAUAGGUCAUGUUUGAGUAAAAACAACACUCCUAAGAGAGAUUCAGAUGAAGGAAUUAGAAGAACAGUUAGAUUUAGUCCUGUUAGUGUAAUUGUUGAUGAUGAUUCUCAGCCUUGUGGGUAUAAAUCUUUACAUGAAGAUCGACUGGGAAGCCAUGAUGGGUUAUUGCAUUCAAAAUUUGGUAGAUCUUUAUCAAAAAGGUAUGAAGAAUUGAGAAAUUUAGAUGGGUUAAAAAAUCAAAAGAAAUUGGAAGAAGUUGCAUUGGAUUUAAUUGGUGGGUAUUGGGAUGCUAGAUUGAAUAAAACCCAGGAAGAUGAAGAUGAUGAUGAUGAUGGGGAAUUUAGUUGUUCAAGUUCAGAUUUGUUUGAGUUAGAUCAUCUUUCAUUGAUUGGAAAUGAACUUCCUGUUUAUGAAACCACUAAAUUUGAUACCAAAACGAUGUAGUGUUGUUAACUUGUGGGGUAAUUAAAAAAAAUUAGAUAGUUAGUGAUUUUUUUUUUUUUUUUUAACUUUAUCAUCAUGUAAUUGUUAGCCGUUUUUGUCCAUUGUGGUAGAAAUUAUUCUAACGUACUUGUAAAUUUGACUUAAUUAUGCAUAUUCUUGGAGGCAAUGACAAGACAUUACUAUGUCAAAUUAAUAGCACUCUCAUUGGUGUUAAAAAAAAUUUCCUUCUAAAUUAAUUGAUGUGAAAAUUUUUGACAUAAAAUAUA